AUUUAAUGACGGUAAGUUUCACAAAAUUCAAAUGAGAUAAGGUAAAAGAAUGAUGGAGAUAAGGCCAUGCAUGCAUUGGCCGGUUAAUAGAUUUUUAUGUAUGAAAUUUCAACGCUGAUGUAGGCCAUUACGUCACUACCACCCUUAAAUCCAUUUCAACCACCACCACCACUACCAACACUAACACCAACAGCAACAGCAACAGCUACAAUGGCUUCCCAAAAUAACCACCUUCACUUUGUUUUAGUACCUCUAAUGGCCCCAGGCCACUUCAUACCCAUGAUUGACAUGGCCAAAUUAUUGGCACAACACGGUGUGACUGUCACCGUCGUCACCACCCCUCUCCUUGCUUCCAGAUUCAACCCAAUCAUCAACCGUGCAAUUGAAUCCGGACUCCCCCUCCGCCUUCUCUCUCUCCGGUUCCCGUCCGUAGAGGCUGGCCUGCCGGAGAGGUGCGAAACGGUAGAAACCGUGCCCUCUCUAGACCUACUAAGAAAUUUCAACGUUGCCAUCUGCUUGUUGCAAGAACCAUUCGAGCAGUUGUUUGAAACGCUCGAGCCGUCUCCAAGUUGCAUAAUAGCUGACAAAAGCAUUCCAUGGGUAGCCGACACUGCUCGCAAGUUCCAAAUUCCGAGAAUUAUUUUUGAUGGAAUGAACUGCUUCACUCUUUUAUGCACACACAAUUUACGUAUCACAAAAGUUCAUGAGAGUGUGUCCGAGUCAGAACCGUUCGAGCUCCCGGGCUUGCCUGACAAAAUUCAGCUAACAAAAUCUCAGUUGCCCCAAUCAAUCAAUCCAGGUCCAUUAGUGGUCGUGCAAGACUUCCGGGAGAAAAUACAAGCCGCGGAAGCCGAAGCAUCUGGGGUGGUGAUUAACAGUUUCGAAGAGCUGGAACCGAGAUACAUGGACGGGUAUCGAAAGGUGAAAGGAGAUAAAGUUUGGUGCAUUGGACCACUAUCGUUAUGCAAUAAAGACAACUUGGACAAGGCUCAAAGGGGAAACAAGGCUGCCAUUGACGAAAACCAGUGUUUGAAGUGGCUCGAUGAACAAGAGCCAGGAUCGGUGGUCUACGCAUGCCUUGGAAGCAUCGGUCGCCUCUCACCUCUUCAGUUAAUCGAGAUCGGUUUAGGCUUGGAAGCGUCGAAACGCCCGUUUGUGUGGGUCAUAAGAGGCGGAGCCAAAGCAGCAGAGAAGUGGGUGGAAGAAGAUGGAUUCGAGGAAAGAGUAAAAGGGAAAGGCCUUGUGAUCCGAGGGUGGGCACCGCAAGUACUCAUAUUGUCGCACCCAGCGGUGGGGGCAUUUUUGACACACUGUGGGUGGAAUUCGACAUUGGAAGGGGUUUGUGCGGGUGUGCCGAUGAUAACUUGGCCCAUGUUCGCAGACCAAUUUUUUAAUGAGAAGCUGAUUGUGCAGGUUUUGGAGGCCGGAGUGAGUGUUGGGGCUCAAGCAAUUGGGCACAUGUUUGCGGAAGACAAGUGUACGGUGUUGGUGAAGAGAGAGGUAGUUAGGGAAGCCGUGGAGGAAAUAAUGGGUGAAGGAAUAGAAGGGGAAGAGAGAAGGAGAAGAGCGAGAGUGCUUGGGGAGAUGGCAAAAAAGGCAAUGGAAGAUGGGGGUUCUUCCUACUUGAAUGUGAGAUUGUUGAUUCAAGAUGUCAUCAAACACGUUAACUACAAGGAAUCAAUUGAAGAAGACGGUGAAUGUGUGUAACGACUCAAUCUUGACAAGGCAAAACCCCGCCAAGAGGGUGCACUUCAAACGCUAUAACAUCUGUAUAGAACAAUCACCUUUAUAAUUCUUAUAUCAUAUCACCACAUCAUCAAUAGUGCAUAAGACCUUUCAAUUGGCUAACAUAUAUGAGAUGAUUCAUUCAAAGACAAAAAUAUCAUCAUGCUACAAGAUAGUUCCCAAGCAUCACUUCCUAAAAAUAAAACAUACUAUUCACGAAUCUAUCAAUACAUCCAACUUCAUAAAGCAAAUAUUUACAAUCAACCUCCUUCAUGAAAAAAAAAAAAAAAAAGAA